AUGGAAGGUCCGCAAGGAGCCACCUGGGCCACCUCUUGGUCAUUUUCGAUAGAGAUCUCCCUUUGGCUUCUGGGCAUUGGCCAUACGAUCCAUCCUCAACUCCCACUAACUGGAGUAACUGCGAAGGAUGUCACAGUCUAUGACGACAUUUCUUCAGUUCACAUGAUAGACCCUGAGCGUCUUUGCCAGAUGGGAGACAAGCCCGAUAGGCACGGCCCAAACUAUUGCAUUCGGGAACUUGACAAGGAAUCAAACGAGGGGGAGGGGCAGACAGACGGAGGGGCAACCUGCGAUGUACCUUCCCAUGCUAUGAUGGAGCGGGAGGUACCUCCUUCCUUGAGCGGGGCAACUUCCGCAAGGCAGAAAGGCACCACGCCGAAAAGAGGCAGCAGCUGCCUUCCCUCCAUACAAGAGGGCGCCUCGAGACUGCUGCCAACUUGUUAUAUAAACCUCUUCUUCCCACCACCACUACCACAAUCUCUCUCCUCUUCAUCACACUCACAAUCAAUCAACUUUCAAUACAAACAAACAACACCACCAACCAACCCACCAAACAACCCAACCUACUUCACAAUGGAGACCAUCAAGAACGCCGCCAACUACGUUUCCGAGUCUGUCCAGCAGGCCGGUGCCACCGCCUCCAAGGAGACCAACAAGCAGGUCGCCAAGGACGACAACGUCUCCAUCGGCAACCGUGCCUCCGCUGCCAAGGACGCCGUUGGCGACAAGAUCGACGAGUCCAAGCACGACUUCAAGGGCGAGGGAUACAAGGAGCAGGCCAAGCACUAA